AUGGAAAACUGCGAGUUACUCGCCGACGUUGACACGGAAACACCAGCAGUAAAUUUAACCAAAGAUGAAGAUUUUGAUUAUUACAAAAUGCUGGAUUGUAACGGGUCACAAAAUAAUGUCUCCCUUGAGCAAUAUGAUGUUUAUUGUCAUAUGGAUGCAAUAUCUGGAUGUGGAGGAGGAGGCUGGACCCUAGUGAUGAAAAUUGAUGGCAAUAAGAAUGAUUUCAACUACAGCUCUUCAUACUGGACCAACAAGGUAGCCUACGAAGUCGAAGAUGGUCUUGAAGGCUUGACAGAAAAACAAACAAAGCUGGCUUCCUACUGGAACACACCGUUCAACAAGAUUUGCCUCGGAAUGAAAGUCAAUGAUCAGACAAGAUGGAUAGCACUGGACUACGCCGCAAGUUCGUUAUACAACGUGAUCGGAGAUGGAAGUUUCAAAAAGACAAGUGUGGGGAAGAAAAAAUGGAAAUCUCUUAUCGAUGGUUCAGCUUUGCAGAAAAACUGUAACCGAGAAGGACUUAGUAUAAAUAUAAGAUAUGAAGCACCAGGUUAUUCAACCUAUGUUCGGGUCCGGAUUGGUAUCGUGGCAAAUAAUCAAAACGACUGCCGUUCCUGCGACUCGUGUAUUGGUUUUGGUACUUCAGCUCGAUGUAACGAUGAUAUAAGAAACACAACAUGCGGCAAUAUGGCUGUUUGUGAUAAACUAAACAACAAAAACACGCCAGCGUUCGGAUAUAUACUUGUACAUUAG